GAACUGUUGAGGUAGGCGAGACGAUGCCUUCGUGAUUAAACCUACUAAGGCGAAUCGAAAGGAAGGCCGAACAUGAUGACGUCAGCAAUACCUGGAAAAGUGUUGACCAAUCAGACUCGAUGCAAGGGUACACCCUAAUUUUCAGAAUAAGGCAAGUGUGCGCGUUCAGGUUGGUGUGCAAAGAACAGGUUAUUCGACCCUGGGAGCUCUUCUCUUCCGACGCUAAAAGCACUUCUUGUGGGAAGGUCCUUCAUCCUCUGGGGUUCUGGUGGAAACUACAUUUCCUAUUUCCCUUAUACGGUUUCGUGAAUCCGGAACUUGACAUCGGGCAUCAUGGGAAAAAUGGAGGAAAAGGGAGCCGUCGAAACAGCGGGUGCCGACGGCGUGGAGGGCGAGUUCCAGGGAGAUGAAAACCAGGAGCGAGGGAACUGGUCCCACAAGAUGGACUUUAUCCUCUCUUGUCUAGGCUACGCCGUGGGUCUCGGUAAUGUCUGGAGGUUCCCAUAUCUGGCUUACAGGAACGGAGGAGGUGCCUUUCUUAUCCCUUACGUCAUUAUGUUGUUUUUCGCUGGUAUCCCGCUCUUCUUUAUGGAGGUGUCGCUGGGUCAGUACUGCAGUCUUGGACCGAUUCGGUGCUGGAAAUCCGUGCCGCUUUUCAGAGGUAUCGGAUACUGCCAGAUGGUCACCGUCUUCUACGUCGGCAUCUACUACAAUGUCAUCAUCACGUACACGGUCUACUACUUUGGUGUGUCCUUCACAUCCUUGCUUCCCUGGGUCGGAUGUGACCAUUCCUGGAACACCAAGUACUGCUUCGACAUCUACAGGCAAUGCGUUGACAACACCAGUAUCAUUACGGACACAAACAACACCUGUCAGCAUCUGGAAUCUCUUGACGAGCAGACCCUCGACUUGUUCGGCGUUACUCGGAACUUGUCGUAUGACGAGGGCGAUCCGAUGCGGUUCGACCUGACGAACUACACCGACCCGCUUCGGGGAGAGAGGAGACUGGCCAGCGACGAAUAUUGGAAAGGAGCUGUCCUCCAGGAAGCCGACUCAAUGAAUGAUACCGGUGGUAUCAUCUGGCAGUUACUCAUCUGUCUCUUUGUUUCCUGGCUCAUCGUCUAUCUGUGUCUGGUCCGUGGAAUCAAGUCCUCUGGGAAGGUGGUUUAUUUCACUGCUACUUUCCCAUAUGUCGUUCUCGUCAUCCUUCUCGUCCGUGGUCUUACACUGCCAGGAGCCGGGGAAGGAAUCCGUUUCUUCGUCACACCAGACCUGAGCAGGCUAAGCGAUGCUGGGGUGUGGCAAGAUGCAGCCAUCCAGAUCUUCUACUCACUGAGCGCCGCUGGAGGCGGGCUCACAACGCUGGCUUCCUACAACAAAUUCCACAACAAUUGCUACGUAGAUUCUUUGUUUGUGGCCAUUGCUAACUGCUGCACCAGUGUGUUUGCUGGAUUCGUUAUCUUCUCCAUCAUCGGGUUUAUGGCCCAUGAACUCAACCAACCCGUCGCCGAUGUCGUGUCUUCAGGUUUUGGUCUUGCCUUCGUGGCCUAUCCAGCAGCAGUGGCCCGUAUGCCCAUCUCACCUCUAUGGUCUGUCCUCUUCUUUGGCAUGUUGAUCACCCUUGGACUCGACAGUCAGUUUGCCAUCAUGGAAAACCUCGUGACGAUGAUCUGCGACGAAUUCCCUCAAACCCUUCGAAAGAGAAAGAACAAGGUUAUGUUGGUUGCCUGUGUUCUCAUGUUCGUUCUCGGAUUUACCUGCAUCACACACACCGGCGGUUACUGGGUAUCACAUUUGGACAGCUAUGGGGCAUUCUUCAACUACCUGGUGUAUGCUCUUCUUGAGUGUAUCGCCAUUUCCUGGUUCUACGGAGUCAAACGCUUUUGCAAUGACAUCCGGACGAUGAUUGGCAGCGGAUGGGUCGGGAACUUGACCUUUCAAUGGUGGACUGUCAAUUGGAGCGCCUUCACACCCGGUCUGAUGGUCUUCGUCUUGUUCUUUAACUGGUUGAAAUGGGAGGAGCCGAGCUACAACGGACCCUACCCGACCUGGGCCGUCAUCCUCGGUUGGUUGAUGACGUCGAUGUCUCUCAUAUGGAUCCCCGUGGUCAUGAUCGUCGAGUUUUUGAGGGCUGAUGGAAACCUAGCAGAGCGUUGGCGAGUGGUUUCUAACCCCACGGAGGAAUGGGGUCCAGCUCUUCCCAAGUUCAGACUCGAAGCAGCCAAAGUCCACGAGGAACAUGGAACCAACAUGGGCGGCAGUGUGGAAGUCGAUGGGAGCGGUCGCCGGGUUAACGUACAGGAGGUGGAAAUGGCAAAAACUGCCUAGACAAAGCAAACAAGAGAAUGCUCUAAACCAGAAGCGGAUCCAUGAUUUACCAGAAGGGGGCUGGGGAGGGGUUCUGACAAUUCAAAAAUAUCCUCCAAAAAGGGGGAAAACAAUUCUCCUUUGCCCCCCCCCCCCCUGAUCCGCGCCGGCACUCUACCAUUGUGAUAUCUAAAAAAUACACAAAAUUUUGAUUUCACAUAGGCAUUACAUUUGAAUUCAAAACCCCCCUCCCCCGAAUAACAAGGCAUUAUUACAAGUUCAAAAGAUAUAUACAAGUUUAUAGUACUUUAAAUUUAUAAAUAAAAACACGACUCGGAGGAAAACCCAAGGCCUUAUUUCGAAAGCAAAGGCAAAAUGAUUUGCUGAAGUAACCAGGGAAGCUGCAUUUAUAUUCUGGUGAAAGCAAUAGUCGAAAGAAGAUGAGGGGAAGGAAUAAUGAAGACGCGAUCGCACCUGAUGUAAAAACAAAAAAAUUGAAUAAGAUCGUGGACGUUAAAUGCCAAGGAAAGUAAAUAAAUUAUGAGUGGUGCUCGUGUUGUAUCGUCCUUGAUUAAACAACAUUUGUGAAUUGUAUAUUCAAAUUUGUGUAUUCCAUUUAGAAAUCGUCUCUUACGUAGAUAGAAACGUAUGUUAUUAAUCAUCUUAAUUCUUUUAGUUUCUAUUCUGGAUGUCAUAAUUUCAAGUUGCCUUUAGCUUUAUUGUGCAUUGUUUAUUUUUAUUUUCUAUUACAAAAUAUUAGCCAUUACUUGUGGAAAUCGACAUCCAUUCUGAAUUACCAUGGUCUAUAUAGCCCAUGUAGCGGAUACAGGAUUUCUUACGGAGGGGCACCAAAAAGGACCCACUUUUCUCCCAAAUGAUUUCUGAAAAGCAAAAGAAAUCCAAAUUCAAAGUCAUAUUUCCUAUCGACUUUUUUUUGGGCAAAUAGCAUAAAAUCACUGCAAUCACACCCUCCCUCUUGACGACAAAGUCUUUUCUAUUUUCUUUUUAAUAUCACAUUAUUUCUCCAGCCACUCCACCCCAUUAUAGCGUAAGUUCGUCCACUUUCAGGAAAAAAAAUUAUAGGCCUUAGUAUUUUAUUCUUCUACGCCGUAUAUCAGGUUGUAGAAAUUUGACAUAAAUCACCUCAAUUUUCGAGAGAGAACUUUUUUGUUGUUUUGCUUGUCAGUUUUUUCUGACCAAAGUGAUCUUCAUCUGGUAAUGACAACUGUUCCUCCCCUUUUUUAUUGUUAUAAAUAAAACAGCACCCAUGCACUCUUUAAAAAUAAUUACCAGACCCCUGUACCUGGCCUAGAAGAAAGGGCAUAAAUGAAGAACAAACCUGAAGAUGUAUCGUAUUACACCUGUUACCAGAACCUUUGUCAUUAAAAUGCAUAGUGUUAGAAGACCUUGUCUUUCAAAAAAUAUAUAUUCUAUCUUUAUUGUAGAUAAAUAAUGAAAACCUUGGUGUGUUUGGUGAAUUUUAGACUUUGAAAUAACAGUACUAUAGAUAAAUUAAUUCUCUACUUUCAUAUAUCUUUUUUUCAGAUUAUGUGGAAAUAUAUAAGGAAGACGGAAAGGAAAA